AUGGCCUAUGACUUCUCUGAGGUGCGACUCGACUCUCCGGUGGCCGAUGUGGAGAGUAUCGCAAACUUCCGUGCGUUUCCGCUUCUUCUUGAGUCAACACUGAUGGGUAUCUUCACCGUGCAGACGGCCUAUCUCGUCCAACAUCAAGGUUCCCGCCUCAUAACGAGGUCGAUAUUGCCGGGUUAUCUGAGGCCGAAACCUAAGCCUCACGCCGGACGACUAUUGGUGCUGACAAUAGGCUUGUACCUUUCGGCUGUUGCCUGCUGGGCCCUUGAUAUCGUUCUUCUACGCCAGGAUCUUCUCGUUCUCUUGCCCAAUCAAAUCUCCACCGAUCCAGACCCACGUAUAUAUGAGGCGCUUGCACAGCUGCGUGCGGAGGAGCAGUACGCACGGGCGGUUCUGCAGGUCAUAAUCUGGAUCAUCAGCGACUGCGUAACACUGUGGAGGGCGUACGUCAUCCUCGAGAGGCCGCGCUGGCUGAAACAUACCAUCUCCAUCCUUCUAUUCCUUGAAUUCGCGGAUUACGUGGUCUAUCUUAUACUAUGGGUUUACAUAUUCCCACAUCCUCCGCGCUUCAUCUCCACCCUGUACAAGACAAGCGGCGGGCUCAUCGGUACCGCACCUUUCGCAACGACGUGUGCUUUGACAGCCACUGUCCAGGCGUUUGCUUCUCUCUUGAUCUUCUGCAAGGCUUGGAUGAUCCUGAAAAGCAGACAGGGCUUGCUACACGGUCCCGGUCGAACCUUCCGGACGUUGUCUAUCUUCAUCGAGAGUGGGGUGGCGUACUCUGCCCUUUGGAUAUGGUAUGCAACCGGAUCCGACGAUGAGAUAUCUAGCCAGACGACAACGGCGUGGAUGGACUCUUACGUGAUCCCUUUAACAGCCAUGUAUCCCACCCUGGUCAUGAUGAUCGUGACUAUACAAGACUCGGCGCUUGCGAAAGCAGAGCGUCUCCCGAGCGGGGUCAGCAGUUUCCGCAUGGAGACCACUGCGUUGCAAGACGCCGAGCUGCAGAUAACGAGGUGCUCAAGGCAUGCGAAGCCGAUGCCAUCGGUACUCGCAUCCGCUUACUCUGCGGAUGCAGUGGCCAUUGAUACCGCUGAGAAUAAGCACGAUGGUAGCAGCGGCACUUGUACGUCAUCUCAGGACGGCCAUGUCCACGACGGCGUCUAG